AUGGACGGCGCGGUGAUUGACAAUAAUGCUGAUGCGUCUGUUGAGCAUCUGAAGUCUGUGGCUAAGAGUGUGUUCGACUUUGAUAAUCUCAAGGAUGAACAGAUAGAAGUGAUGCAAGCCUUGUUGAGAGACCACAAAGAUGUCUUUUAUGCAUUCCCAACGGCUACCAGCACUAGCAUCAUCUAG